UAUACUUAACAACAAUGUUGAGAUAGUUUUUCAAAAUAUUUUGGUGAAUAUGUGGUCAACGGUUUUUAUGAUUAUUCUGGUAUUAACACCAAGUUUUGGAAGUGAUGAUUUGAUUGUGAAUUUAACUGCUGGAAUUAUACGCGGACAUGUACUACAAAGUUAUGAAGGAAAUAAUUACUACGCUUUCCAAGAAAUUCCAUAUGCUACACCACCUAUUGGAGAAAAUAGAUUCCAGCUCCCCAAGCCUCCGAAACCAUGGGAUGGAAUCCUUAAUACCACUAAGAAUACUAAAGUGUGCCAACAGGUUAACAAGUACGUGUUAGAGAAAACUGAGGACUGUCUAUAUUUAAAUGUAUAUUCACCUGUGAAACCAGGAGGUAAUGAUAAGCUACCAGUACUCUUUUGGAUACAUGGAGGAGGACUCAAUUGGGGAUCUGGCACUUACAAUGAUUAUGGUCCAAAAUAUAUCAUGGAUUAUGGAAUUGUUGUUGUUGCUAUUAACUACAGACUCAAUGCAUUUGGAUUUGUUUCUACUGACGACGACGUAAUACCUGGAAACCUUGGACUUAAAGAUCAACGAUUUGCAUUAGAAUGGGUCAACCAACAUAUUAAUCUCUUUGGUGGCGAUCCGGAUCAUGUAACAAUUGCUGGUGAAAGUUCUGGUUCAGCGGCAGUAGGUUUGUUGGUUAUGGGAAAUUGGAAUGGCGAGAAAGAAUUAUUCCAUGCUGCAAUACAAGAAAGUGGAUCAAUGAUUGGUGGAACUCUACAGACAAAUGCAAAAGAAAACAGUAUAGGUUUAGCAAAAUAUCUUGAUCCUACAUUUGAAUCUGAAAAAUCUGAAGACGUUUUAGAAGUUCUCAAAAAGGCUUCUGCAGAAGAUAUUCUAAAGGCUGGUCGUACUUAUGGAAACAUGAUAGAAAAAAGUGGUUACUAUUCUCUUCUUCCCUUACAAAGUUUUAUGGAUGGCAACUUUAAGAAAGUUCCAAUGAUGAUUGGCUUUAAUUCCGAAGAGUGGAUAAAAUACGCUACCAAUAGAAACAACACAAAUUUAUUGCAAGGACUUGACAAUGAUCCCAGUCUCCUUAUACAUGCCAAUCUCAAUAUGUCUCCAGAGAAUCGAACUCGUGCCGGAGUUCUGAUGAAACAAGUAUAUACUAACAGCACUUUUAUGGAAGAUUUUGCUGCAUAUAUUAGAUGGAGCAGCGAUCAAUCUUUUUCAACGCCCACUGGAAAACAGAUAGAACUCGGAUGUGUUCAUGCACCGUACUUUGUAUACCAGUUCGCCUAUAAGGGAGAUUUAGGUGGAAUGAUGGAUGAUAUCUACAUUGUUCCUGGAGCUGAAAGAGUUGGACACAUGGAGGAUCUACAUUAUUGGUGGGAAUUUUUAAAUAACAAUGAUAUGAGUAAAUUUCCCGAAAACGAUCAGCUGAUGAUGCGCCGAUUUUUAACACUUUGGACCAAUUUUAUUAAAUAUUACAAUCCAACCCCUAAGGCGGAUCCACUACUCUUGAACGUAACGUGGCCGAUGUCGAAUCCAGAUUCUUUAACUUAUUUAAAUAUAAAUUCUACCUUUGAGGUGAGAGAAAAUCCGAGGGUCUACAAAGACGUAAAGCCGAUUAUCGAGAAAUAUAUGGAACCACCCUACGUUUCUUUUGGUUAACAGAAUGUACAUAUUGUUAAAAAAUAAGAAAUUUUUUUUGUUAAAUAAUAUUGUUAGAGUUUAAGAAGGCAAAUAAAACAUACAUUCUUAAAUAAUAA